GUCUUCCUCGGCAACGGUGCCUUAUUUCUCGGAUUACCAUACGGGGAUGACCAUAUAGACGCCCGGAACUUGCGAAACGCGCUUCAACUUGAACUCAGACUGCUCAACUCGCUCGGGUCGUUCAACAUCGUCAACGUUAGGCUACUCUGUCAACUUUCUUAAUCGACACACAAACGUUCAAAUAGCUAUGGCACCCUUCACACUGAUUUCUACCAUUCCAACGUACAUUACUCCUGAGCAACAUCGAGAAGUCAUCGCCUCAACUCCCGCUUCCUUUACCGACAUCCCGCCAGUUCUCCACCACAAGGAAGAAAACGUCUCCAUAACUAUCGACCCCCCACUCGAAGGUUUCUCGGCGGAAGACUGCGCAAACGGAACGCUCUACGUGAUCGAGAGCGUCCUCAUCUUCAUGUCCUCGUCCGGACGUGGCUUCCAGAUAGAAUACCCUGCUAUCACUCUACAUGCGAUCUCUCGUGCUGAGUCGGGACCUUCGAUAUACUGUCAAUUGGACGAAAAUGCAGGCAUCGCUGCAGGAGAGAGCCAGCAACAAAAUGUCGAUGAGGAUAGCCCCAUGAGGGAAAUGACAAUCAUCCCAAAAGAUGCAUCUGCACUGGAACCUAUCUUCGAGGCACUUUCACUAUGCGCCUCAUUACACCCAGAUCCUGCAGCAGCAGACGAAAUGGACGAGGACGAUGACGCGUUCCUCGAUGCCGACGCGUUUGAGCCAUUCUCAGGAGACAAUGACCAGGAGCUCAGUGAAGUCGGGAGGGCUGCCUUGGCACAUAUGGAAAGUAUUAUCUAUGAUCCGUUUCAGGAUGCUGAGGAGGAGAAUGGUGCGCGUACCAAUGGGAAGAGUGGUGACGAGAGUGCAGGAUCGGAUAUUGAGCAGGAGAAGAAGAGAGAGAUGUCAAGUUGAUAGUAUAAUCAUCAUGGAGUGCUGACAAAAAAAUGUACAAUACAGUCUGUAUGUAAGACGUGACAUGUACAAGCGUGCUAGGAAAGGUAAAAACAAUAUAAACAACAACAAUCCUCACUUCUGCGGGGA